CGAGAAGACGAACAUUCGCGCUAAACACAGGAGUAACAGAGGAUCUGUAACUUUCUCUCAGUACAGUGGAAGUUAUUAUCAGUAAAUUAUUAUUAUUUGUGUGUGUUUGUGUGUGAGAUUGGAUUAGAUCAGACGGAGAGAUGGCGGGCUUCAGUGCAGUUAUGAGAGCUCUGAUCUUCCUCACAUUUUCUCUCCAUCUUUCAUCAGCAGUCACACACUCUCUGCAGUACGUCUACACUGGAGUUACAACAGGAAUAAAUUUCCCAGAAUACACUGCUCUGGGUCAGGUGGAUGGACAGCGGUUUGGUUACUACGACAGUAAGAUCAGGAAAAUGAUCCCGAAGACGGAGUGGAUACAGAAGAUCAAUGCUGAUAAUCCAGAUUACUGGAACAGAGAGACACAGAAGCAGCAGGGUUGGCAGGAGAUCUUCAAAGUCGAUAUGGAUACACUGAUGCAGCGCUUUAAUCAGACUGCAGGAGUUCACACGUGGCAGCUGAUGUACGGAUGUGAGCGUGAUGAUGACGGCACCAUUAGAGGAUACAGUCAGUACGGUUAUGAUGGAGAAGAUUUUGUAAGUUUUGAUCUGAAAUCUCUCACCUGGAUCGCUCCGACACCUCAAGCUCUGAUCACCAAGAACAAGUGGGAUCCUGAUACUGGUUAUAAUAAUAACUGGAAGAACUACCUGGAGAAAGUGUGUAUCGACUGGAUAAAGAAGUACGUGGGUUACGGCAGAGAGACUCUGGAGAGGAAAGUUCCUCCUACAGCGUCAGUGUUCCAGGAAGAAGCCGCCUCUCCAGAGGUGGUGUGUCACGCUACAGGUUUCUUCCCCAAAACAGUGAUGAUCACCUGGCAGAAGGACGGAGAGGACGUGCAUGAGGACGUGGAGCUCAGAGAGACGUUACCCAACCAGGAUGGAAGCUUCCAGAAGAGAAGCAUUCUGACAGUCUCAGCUGAGGAUCUGCAGAAACACACCUACACCUGCGUGAUUCAGCACAGCAGCUUGGAGAAGGAGAUAGUGCUGCAUGACGAGGAUAUUCGAAUCCUGAAACCUGGUGGAGCUCCGAUCGGUAUCAUCGUUGGUGUAGUCGCGGUUCUCCUGGUUCUCGUUGCCGUUAUUGCUGGAAUUGUGGUCUGGAAGAAGAAGAACUCUGGCUUCAAACCUGUUCCACCCAAACCCGCCUCUGAAGGAGAUUCUUCCUCCAACAACUCUUAAAGUGGACUGUGUGUGUUCCCGCUGCACUGAGAGAGAGAGAGGAGGAGAGGGAGAUGAAGACCACACACACACACACACACACACACACACACACACACACACACAUAUUAUUCCAGUGUGUAAUCUUGGUGUAUAAUUUUUCCUGUAUUUGGAUGGAGGAUCUUUUUAUUGUGAAUCUGUUAUUGCUGUAAAAUGGGAUUAUUAGGGAUUGGGGUUAGAGGAUUAUUAUUAUUAUUAUUAUUAUUAUUAUUAUUACUCUGUGUAAAUUCUGGCAGUUUUCUGUGUGAUGGGGUUUGAUGUGAAUCUCAGAUUUAAACCUGUUGUGUAACACGUCUGGAUGAUGAACGCAGCUUUACACUCGACUAAUUUUACAUUCAGUACAACCUCGUACACACUUCCUGAUACACACACACUCUCUGAUUGUGAUUUCCUCAGGCUUGAGAUGUAAUUGUGUUUAAAGCGUUUUGAUGUAAACAGUAUCAGUGUGAUUAUUGUAGUGAAUUUUCACACAGCUGCAGUUGAACAUCAUUAUAUUAUAGUGUGUGUGUUUCAGGAGUGUGUAUGAGCUGCUUUACUCUCUACAUUUCUAAGAUGAUUUAGUGUAGAAUUGAACACAGAUCAUAACGUCAGUACACGAGAGGUUUGAUUGAGAUCUUUUACCUUUUAAUCCACUGACAUUUUCCUCACUGGCCGAACAGGAACCGAAUCUCUCCCACAAUCCCUCUGUUCUGUCUGUAACAAUCUGAACCAACAAUAAAGUCUAUUUUCUUCA